GGCGACUUGGCAACAUCUGAAAAACGGUUGGAACAUUCGAAUAACAUUUCGUUUUUUGCGAUACCUUCUUUUGUUUCAUCUGAUAAGCCAAUGGAUUCAGUCGAGUCAGAGUUGCUGAAAAAUUUGGAGAAUCUCUUUGGAUUUCAUUAUAAAGGGAAAAAAUACCAGGACCUCAGUACUCAAGAUUUUAUAGACGUUUACAAGAUUUUCUUCCGAAUUUACGAUACAGCGUGGCUUUUGAGUGAUGGCAAACCUCAAAGCGUUCUCUUAAAACAAAUUAUAAGUUUUUUACAGCGUAUGGAACUUGGCCACUUGAUUCUUAAAGGUGAAGAUUUGCUCGAUUGCAAGAAAAACUGCCGACUCCUUGGUGCAAUUGUUUCAAAAUUGGAAAGUAGACAUAACGGGACACAAAAUAUCCAAGCUGCUGUUCGAAAAAUCAGAUUAUUGAAACCUAAAACUGCUUCUGAGAAAAAUCUGCACAAACAAACUUCAUCUGCUUCCAGUGGAGAAGAAGAGCCCGUAAAGCCAGAGCUAGUUGUUCCUCACAAAGGGAGAGAGUUGCCGAGAACACCUCCUAGUAGACCUGGAUCUGAUGCUGGUGCCUCUGAAUUCGUUAAACCAAAGCUUCCUCCGUCUCCAUUGGCUGCUCAUCAGAUUCCAUUUUAUAAACCAGCCAAAAUAGUAUCCACAAAGAAGGGUUUUCGUCCAAUUCUUCCCACCAAAGAGAUACCGCGAACACCGUUGAAAAGCCCUAGUGUUCCAACACCAGUUGACACUUGUUUUCCAGGCCAUAAUUUGACAGUCGAUUUUUCAUCGGCGCGUCUCACAUCUUCCAACACUUCCACGCCUUACGAUCAUCACAAAUCCCGAAAUCAGUCUUCAUCUGGCGAAGGCGACGCCACUUUUGUAAUUCCCUCAAAACGAGGUGCAAUGGUAAACUGCGGGAAAGUUGACGAAAUGAAUUCUGAAAGUGACGAAGACGUGUUUGAGAACAGUAAUGAAACGGAGGGCACUUACGUGAAAGAGACGAAACCGGGAAAACCUGCAAGCGUGAUUGAUGAGAGCACAUGGGUAUUAGGGGAAACAAACAAAUCAGAAACUGAAAAAGUGGCCCCAACAGAAAUGUUGCCUGGACUUCACAGUACUUUCGCCCUUCCCAAGAAGAAUGCUGGAAAAUCUCAAAAAGUUAACAAAGGAAAAACCUCUCCAGAAGUUGAGGAUGAUGUAAAAACUGCUCCUGUGGAGAAGAAGACGCCAGAAACGGUUGAAACUAAUGGUGAUGUCAUUGACACUGUCGUUGCAAAGGGGAAAAAGGGAAGAGGAAAGAAGCCUGGCAAAAAGGAAGUUGUCGAAGAAAAUCAUCUGAACGGAGUCGAAACUGAAACCCCAGUUGCAGAAGUCGAAUCUGAAGAAUCAUCCCCGGUUGUCGAAACCAAUAUGAAAAAAGGACGAGGAAAGAAAGCUGCUGCUGUGAAGAAAGGCGCUGUUGAGGAAAUACCUAUCAGUACUGGACCUGAAGUUCCAGAAACCGAGGUGAAGAAGGGACGAAACAAGAAACCAAGCAAGAAGGAAACUAUCGAAGAAAAUCAAGAAGAACAAGUCGUCGAAAAACAUCUUCCAGCUGAAGUAGAAGCUGCAGUUGCAGCUCCAGUUGCUGAAACCAAGGAGAAAAGAGGACGUGGAAAGAAAGCUCAACCACCAGUAGCAAAAUCUGAAGAAAUGAGUUCAUCACCCGAAGUUAAUCCUGAACCAGUUGAGGAAACUGCACAAGAAAAGGCUGUCAAGGUGGUUGCAGAGCCUAAAUCAAAGCCUGGACCAAAAUCUAAAACAGGGCCUAAAUCCAAAAUGGAAACUAAACCAACUGAAGCGGAAUCUGAAACUGCUCAGGUUGUUGAACCAGAAGUUGUGGAAAAGAAAGGGCGAGGGAAAAGGGGUAACCAAGUGCCCGAUACAGCGCCUCCAACCGCCACAGAAGUGGAUACUGAUCAACCCGAAGUCCAAGCUCCGCUAGUCGUUGCUGCAGCAACUGAAGUUUCUCCAGCUCCUGAAGUCAAGAAAGGACGUGGAAAAGUAAAGGCCACAGUCGAAGAAGUCCAAGAACCAAAGGAAUCAGAAAAUCUAGUCACAAACGAACCAGACACUAAAGAGAAACGGAGCCGAGGCAGACAAGCUUCAUCGAAAGACGGAACCGAAAAAGCUGCCAAGGCCAGUGAGGAGCCGCUACCUAAUGACGAGACUGAAUCUCCUCUUCCCGCAUCUCCUGUAGCUGAAACUAAAGAAAAGCAAGGCAGAGGACGACAGGCCAAGGCGCAAGCUGAAGCUCCUGUCGAAGAAACGACCGAAGCUGCAGAAGUUGUUCCAGCCAAAAGAGGGCGUGGGAAGAAGGCAGCCGCUCCAGCUGCGUCCAAGGCUGACGCCGAGGAGGAAGCAGUUGAAGAGGUUAAGGAGACUAAACCUAAAGGAAAGAAAGGAGCCGCUGCUGCCAAGAAACAUGUUGAAGAAGAAGAGAAACCUGCAGUCCCAGAAGAACCAGUUGCGUCCAAGGUUGACGCCGAGGAGGAAGCAGUUGAAGAGGUGAAAGAGGCUAAAGCGAAGGGAAAGAAAGGAGCUGCUGCUGCCAAGAAACAUGUUGAAGAAGAAGAGAAACCUGCAGUUCCAGAAGAACCAGCUGCUCCUGUUAAAACUGUGGUGGAAUCGCCGGAAACUUCGAAAGCUGUUCCAGCCAAGAGAGGUCGCGGAAAGAAGGCAACCCCACUGGCCAAGGAGGCUGAUGAAUCGGAUGAAGAAGCCGAGGCUGUUGAAGAGGUUAAGGAGACUAAACCCAAAGGAAAGAAAGGAGCCGCUGCUGCCAAGAAACAGGUUGAAGAAGAAGAGAAACCUGCAAUUCCAGAAGAACCAGCUGCUCCUGUUAAAACUGUGGUGGAAACGCCGGAAACUCUGAAAGCUGUUCCAGCCAAGAGAGGUCGCGGAAAGAAGGCAACCCCACUGGCCAAGGUGGCUGAUGAAUCGGAUGAAGAAGCCGAGGCAGUUGAAGAGGUUAAAGAGACUAAAGCCAAAGGAAAGAAAGGACCUGCGGCGAAGAAACAGGCUGAGGAAAAAGUUGCUGCCGUUCCGGAAGCAACAACGGAAAAAACCCAGAAAACUACCAAAAGAGGAAAAGCUGCUGUUGCUACUCCGGAUGAAUCAGAGGCGAGUCCACCCAAGAAACCAAAAGGAGCACCGCUCGAAACGGAAGGUGUUAGGAAGUCUUCAAGAACCCAAGUGGUCAAGACUUAUGCAGAUGAAUCUUCAGAGUCACUUGAUCAGCCCGCUUCCAAGAAACGUGGCGGAAGGAAGAAGGCAGCAGCCAACGCCAUUAAUGCAGUCGCUGAAGAGGCCGAGGAUAACAAGAAGAAGCCAACCAAAAAAAAGGCAGCCUCCGAGUCUCCUGAACCUAAACCGGAGCCACCCAAAGUCGAGAAAGUUGCCGCUAAUAAACGAGGUACCAAACGUGAACAACUGGAAGAGGCUGAAGCUGCUAUUCCGCCGGCAGCUGAAGAGAAGAAACGAGGAGCCAAGAAAGAUGUCAAAGCACCGGAACUUCCCCUGCGAGUCGUCAAUGGACUAGAAGAAGAUAGUGAAACAAAUCCGUCGAAGCGGAGUAAAACUUCCGAGGAUGCCGAAGCUGCUGCGGAAGAGCCGGAGAAAAAGGCUGGCCGAGGACGUAAAAAGAAGGAAGAACCGCAACCUGUCGAGACUGAAAACAAGUCCCCAGACGACGGGAAGAAGAGAGGCAAGCGCGGCGGAAAAGAGGAAAUUGCUGAGGUUGAAAAGAAGAAACCCGUCGGUCGAAAGAAGGCGGCAGCUGCUGCUGCUGUUGCUGUUGUCCAGGAGGAAGAACCAGAGGCUGUGGCAUCACCGGUCCAGACGAAACAACGUGGCAAACGUGGUGCAGCCCAGGCUGCUGAUUUUGUCACCGUAAUCUCUGGCCAGAAUUCGACGGAUCCUUCGCCUAAGGGUUCUCCCGUAGUGAAAGUGCGUCGUUUGAAAUUGGUGGAAGAGAAGCAAGCUCAAGCUGAAUCCGACGAAGAAGAAGUUACUGUACCUGUUGCUGCUACCAAGCGCACUUAUACCCGCCGCAACAAAUGAACAAGUUUUCGAAUUAUUCCUUUAAUUACGUGUUUAAUAACCUAGCUGGGUGAUUGAUUAUAACCUUCUCUCUAUUGUCAUUCAUCUAAACGUUUUUCGCCUUUCCAUUUAAUUUUUGUGCUUUUAAGUUGCCUUUCAGUUCGUUGCUCCAGCUGUUCAUUACCGUAAUAAACAUUCGGAUCCGUUAUGAAUCAAA